AUGUCGCUGAAGGAAAUCGACACCACAUCUGUUCCUGAUACCGAGAACUGGACAGCAUAUACGCCGCCAAGUAGUAUCGCCGCCACUUCAAAGGAAUGCAGUGCUUUCGAACCACCGUGGCCUGGCUCGACAUACAUAAUUCGCUCCGUAUCAACAGGAAAGGUGGUGGCAUUCCGGAAAGGGCAAAUAGUUUUGAGCAAAGGAGACGGGAAUGCCGGCAUCUGCUGGGAGUGCGUCGACGAUAAUGGCUGGUUGGGUUUUCGGGAUCCUGCAUCGUACAGGUUGUUGGGAUACGGCGAAAAUCAUGAAAUUCGUUGCGAAGCAACGGAACACAAGAUAUGGGAGCAUUUUUGUGUAAGACAGAAGCCAGGAGGUGGAUAUCUCUUGAUGAUGACAGAAUAUGACGACUGGAAAAAUGCCGCAUGGCAGGGCCUUCGUCCAUUGGGAAUAAAGAUAGAUGAUGGACUUGAGAAGCUGGUGAAGGUUACGGGCUGGGAAGACAAAUCGGCCGUGUGGGAGUUUAUCAAGGUGUGA